AUUUAUUUAUUUUGGGAGACGCACGUUGUUUUGAAAGGACAAUAUAUUUACAUUUCUUCAAUAUGACAAUUAAGAACAAAUAUGUGUACAGGAACAAGGGAGAAGUGCGUUAAGAAACUGUCAGCGCAAUGAUGGCUUUGCAAGUAUAACCCUCGCUUUCCUUCCACAGGGCUGCAAAGGUUGUCCUAUUUUGUAAUAAUCAUCUAACUAUCCAGAGAUGGCAGCUACUAGACCUGUGGUGAACAGUAGGCGGUUAUUUCACCGUAACAUUUCAAGGACAUUAGUUUCCAGAUUUUUCAAGACCUCCAGCAGCUGUAAAAGUGUCAUGCCCGCAUGGGUCAUUGAUAAAUAUGGAGGCAAUGAUGUUCUGCGGUUUACCAAAAACGCCAGCUUCCCCGUCAUCACCUACCCCAAUGAGGUUAUUGUCAAAGUGUUUGCAGCAGGCCUUAACCCCAUUGACGUCAGCAUGAGAGGUGGCUAUGGCGCAGCAACCAUGUCCAUGAAGAGAGACCCACUGAACAUUAAUCAACGGGGCAGUGAGUUCCCGCUCACCCUGGGGAGGGACGUGUCUGGGGUUAUCAUGGAGUGUGGCCUGGAUGUGAAGUACUUCCAAGAAAGGGAUGAGGUGUGGGCUGCCAUCCCACCGUGGAAGCGGGGAAGCUUGGCUGAGUUUGUUGUGCUGAGUGCCAAUGAGGUGUCCCUCAAACCAAAAUCGUUGAGCCACACGGAGGCUGCAGCCAUCCCUUAUGUGGCGACCACGGCCUGGUCGGCGCUUGUCAACACCGGCGGGCUCACAAAAGACAACUGUGCCAAGAAACGUGUUUUGAUCAUUGGCGGGUCUGGAGGAGUGGGAACAUUUGCCAUUCAGAUGCUGAAAGCAUGGGGAGCCCAUGUGACCGUAACAUGCUCCCAGAAUGCCGAGCAUUUUGUCAUGGGGCUCGGCGUGGACCAUGUGGUGGACUACACGGCUGGGCCUGUUGAAGUGCCGCUCGCUGCCCUGGACAAGUUUGACCUGAUCCUGGAUAACAUCGGAGGCAGCACAGAACGCUGGGCGCUGAAUCUGCUCAAGCCUUGGAGUGGCGCCAAGUACGUCACCCUAGUUACGCCAUUCUUCCAAAACACUGACACCCUCGGGAUUGCUGAUGGAAUGCUGCAGACUACUGCCACUGUGGCCAGCAAGGCCCUCAAGCACCUUGUUAAGGGGGUCCACUACCGUUGGGGAUUCUUUGCACCGAGCGGUUCAGCACUGGAUGAAAUAAGGGAAAUGGUAGAUUCAGGACAGAUCCAUGCGGUUGUCGAAGAAACCUUCAGCUUUGCACAGGUUCCUCAGGCCUUUGCAAAGGUGGAGAGGGGUCAUGCUCGAGGAAAAACUGUGGUCCAGAUCAACAAGGGAACAGAUGGAGCGUAGCACCAAAUGAAUAAAUAAAGAGAUAAAUUAAA